AUGCGGAGGCAGAACGUUCAAACGCUUUCAUUGGUGGUUUGUACAUUUACCUAUUUACUUAUAGGCGCCGCUGUGUUCGAUGCCCUUGAAUCGAAGACGGAGGAACGGCGGUUAAAAUUAAUUAAAAAUAUCCGAGAGAACUUGGUGAACAAAUACAACUUCUCGUACUCGGAAUACAGGCUCAUCGAGACGGUGAUCAUCGAGAACAAACCACACAAAGCCGGACCUCAGUGGAAGUUCGCCGGAGCACUGUACUUCGUCACCGUUGUUGUGGCCAUGAUAGGCUACGGACACUCAACCCCCGCAACAAAUAGUGGAAAAGCCUUCUGUAUAGUGUACGCCGUGGUGGGAAUUCCCCUUGGUAUGGUGAUGUUCCAGUCUAUCGGUGAACGUUUGAACAAGUUUACGUCUAUUAUCAUCAAGAAGAUGAAGAAGAUGCUGGGCUGCAGUAACACAGAAGCCACAGACGUGAACCAGCUGUGUGUGACAGGAACCCUCUCCUCCAUCGUCAUGACUGUAGGGGCGGCUGUGUUCUCCCACUACGAGAGUUGGAGUUACAUCGAUUCGUUUUACUACUGUUUCAUCACUCUCACCACCAUUGGCUUCGGGGACUUCGUGGCGCUGCAGAGACGCAACGCCCUCACCAACGAGCCCGGUUACGUCGCCCUCUCCUUGGUGUUCAUCCUGUUCGGCCUCACCGUCGUCGCCGCCUCCAUUAACCUGCUGGUUCUGAGGUUCAUGACGAUGAACACCGAGGACGUGAAGGCCGGAGACUACGAGAUGCAAGACGCCUCGCAGUCGGUGGUCACCCUCGACGGCGAGCUCAUGGCCAUCAACGGCAAGGUCCUGGCAGGCACUCAGGAGUCGGAGGGCCUCGGGGAGCGGCGGGCGUCUUACACCAGCAUCGCCACCGUCUGCUCCUGCACCUGCUACCCGCGUCCGCAUCACAGUCCUGCGGAUAUCAGGCAUCGGUAUUCGGUUGUCAGGUCACCCUCAAGGAUUUCACACCUGCUGGUCGACCAAGCAGGGACAAGCAAAGUGGCACCGCACGAUAACGACCAAUUUCCGCCUCUCCUUCACGACUCCUUCAUGGUUGCCAACUACCUCAAGAUGAAGAGGUCGUCCGUGUGA